UAGGAAACAGUCCCAGAGCUAUGGCCCAACAAGAAGAACAAGAAGUAGUAGAUGUAAUUCUGGAGAAGAUCGACUCCCGGGACCCUCUCACCAAAGAGAUUGAUUUGGUGGAAAGAGACCCCAAGCAGAUCAACCAAGAGGUGGUCAAGGUAGACUUUGAAGAUGUAAUUGCUGAGCCAGAAGGCAUCCACAGCUUUGAUGGAGUGUGGAAGGCCAGCAACACCACCUUUACUGUCAGCAAGUACUGGUGCUACCGGAUUCUAUCGGGGGUGCUGGGCCUGCCCCUUGCCUUGCUCUGGGGCUUCCUCUUUGCCUGUGUUUCUUUCUGCCACAUCUGGGGGGCCAUGCCUUGCAUCAAGAGCUACUUCAUAGAGGUGCAGUGCUGUGGGCGCUGCUAUGCCUUGUGCAUCCGUACCUUCUGCGACCCUCUCUUUGAAGCAGUGGGAAAAGUUUGCAGCGAUGUCCGAGUGGCCCUGCGCAAGGAACAUGCAAAGGACUGAGGCCUCUCCUUUGGAUCAGGACAGGAUUCUGGCUUCUUUUUUCUUCCACUUGACCCACUCAGAUGGGACAAUAACUCAGUUGGAAUCCUGAGUCAAUCAACUGAUGGAGGCAGAAACAAUCUGGCUGAUGGAUCUUUAUCUGGAAUUUUUUGCCCCCAAGAAAUUCCUCCAUCUCUUUUUGAUUAAGGUGGGAAAAACAAAAACAAAACAAAAAAACCCUGUACUCUAAAUCAGUGUUCCUCAGCCUUGGCAGCCUUAAGAUAUCUAGAUCUCAAUUCCCAGAAUUCCCCAGCAAGGCAGCUGUACUCCAACUCCAAGAAUUCCACACAUCUUAAAGUUGCAAAGAUUGAGAAACACUGCUCUAAAUUCCCCCUCGUCUCUCUCCUUCUCUCUCUCUCUCUCUCUCUCUCUCACACACACACACACAGACGUAUCACAACAUAGUGGCAAGUUCUUCUGCACAAGUCCUCUUGUGAAAUAAGUAACUGUGCAGAACUGCUGUAAGAGUUUGUAUAGCAUGGCUAUACAAGCAGCAGAAUAGGAUAAUUUGCCAUGGCCAACUCACUGCAGCCAACUUGCCAUGGCCAAGCAUUUGACCUGUGGGUCAUUUCAACAUCAUAGCCUCCCUAUUCUGGCACCUUCUAGAUGUGCUACAAUUACAGUAUCCAGAAUCUUCCAGCAGCCUGGCUGCAGGAUGCUUUAAGUUGCCAUUCCACAGUACAUUGAGGCAGCCAAUGGGAUUAGAGCUAUCACACCAGGGAUACCUGGGAUGCAAAAUUCCAAAACUGCCUUAAAUUGGAACAAGAUGAUAGGAAGCCAUUUCAAAGAUGCUUUGAGUACAAGACUAAAAUCUGACAUUUCAAUCUCUCUCUCUGACACUCAGUACAUUACGGUUUCAGCCAACCCAUUUCAUGUCAUCACUGUGGUAGCUUUCUUUGUAAUCAGUUUGUGGACACAUUACUCAAUCAGUGCUGCUCUUUCUUAAACCUUAAUGCCAAUUUCUGCUUUGAACCCAACACUGACAAUUUUCUAAAAUUGAAAAAGAUAUUUUGCAUUUUAUGACAAUAAA